AUGUUCUCUUUAUCGUUAAUUCAACCGCAUCUCCGGAUUUCAGAGAUUCCGAGCUUCAAAUCGUCGACGAUACUGAGCAUCAGCGAUGCGAGACCGAAGCGAGAAGAACAGAGGAACGGGAAAUUAUCUGGGUUUCGUCUCUUUUCUGGAAAGAAACCAUCUUUCGAUUCGGGUUUUAGCGAUUCCUUCGAGCUAGAGUUCGCCGGAGAGAAUUUGAAUCGCGAUGAAGACGACUCAUCAUCUCCCUUGGCGAGCGAACAAGUUGUAGAUUACGCUCUGCUCGCGGAGUGGCUACAGUCUUCAAGCGGGAUGCGACUCAUAAAAAGGAUUCACGCCAUGGCUUUGAAGUGCUUCGACGAUCAAGAGAUAUAUUUCGGCAACAAUUUGAUCAGCUCAUGCGUGAGACUCGGCGAUUUGGUUUACGCACGUAAAGUGUUCGACAGUAUGCCUGAGAGAAACACUGUCACUUGGACUGCGAUGAUCGAUGGAUAUUUAAAAUACGGUCUUGAAGAUGAAGCUUUCUCGCUGUUUGAAGACUACGUGAAGCACGGGAUACGUUUCACGAACGAGAGGAUGUUCGUGUGUUUGCUGAAUCUGUGUAGUAGGAGAUCAGAGUUUGAGCUAGGGAGGCAGGUACAUUGUAGUAUGGUGAAAGUCAGAGUUGAGAAUUUGAUUGUGGAGAGCUCUCUUGUUUACUUUUACGCUCAGUGCGGCGAAUUGACGAGUGCGUUGAGAGCGUUUGAUUUGAUGGAGGAGAAAGAUGUGAUAUCUUGGACAGCGGUUAUAUCGGCUUGUUCGAGGAAAGGGCAUGGGAAGAAAGCUAUAGUGAUGUUUACUGGAAUGUUGGAGCAUGGUUUUUUGCCUAACGAGUUUACGGUUUGUAGUAUCUUGAAAGCGUGUAGUGAAGAGAAAGCGUUGAGAUUUGGGAGGCAAGUGCAUAGCUUGGUGGUUAAGAAGAUGAUCAAGAAAGAUGUGUUUGUAGGGACUUCGCUGAUGGAUAUGUAUGCAAAGUGUGGGGAGAUUUCUGAUUGCAGGACAGUAUUUGAUGGGAUGAGUAAUAGGAACACGGUGACGUGGACUUCGAUCAUCGCUGCGCAUGCUCGGGAAGGUUACGGCGAGGAAGCUAUUAGUCUCUUUAGGUUGAUGAAGAGGCGGCAUUUGAUUGCUAAUAAUUUGACGGUGGUGAGCAUUUUGAGAGCGUGUGGAUCUGUUGGGGCUUUGUUGUUGGGGAAGGAGCUUCAUGCUCAGAUAAUCAAGAACUCGAUCGAGAAGAAUGUGUAUAUUGGAAGUACUUUGGUUUGGCUGUACUGCAAAUGCGGAGAGUCUCGUGCUGCUUCCAAUGUUUUUCAGCAGUUGCCGUUUAGAGACGUGGUUUCAUGGACGGCUAUGAUCUCUGGAUGUUCGAGCUUAGGGCAUGAAUCGGAGGCGCUUGACUUCUUGAAAGAGAUGAUUCAAGAAGGUGUGGAGCCAAACAUGUUUACGUACUCGUCGGCUUUGAAGGCUUGUGCUAAUUCAGAGUCUCUUCUCAUCGGCAGAUCGAUACAUUCCAUUGCAAAGAAGAACCAUGCUCUGUCGAAUGUGUUUGUGGGAAGUGCUUUGAUUCAUAUGUAUGCGAAGUGUGGGUUUGUCUCGGAAGCGUUUCGGGUUUUCGACAGUAUGCCUGAGAAGAACUUGGUUUCGUGGAAGGCGAUGAUAAUGGGUUACGCGAGGAAUGGGUUUUGCAGGGAAGCGUUGAAGCUGAUGUAUAGAAUGGAGGCAGAGGGGUUUGAAGUGGAUGAUUAUAUAUUUGCUACGAUUCUCUCUACUUGUGGAGAUAUUCAGCUUGAUGAAAGUGAAUCUUCUGCGACUUGUUACUUGGAGACUUCUUGA